AUGAAUGGCAUAGUAAAUGGUACUAUGGAAAAUCCGAUUGACACCUCUGCCCCGACUCCCUCAGACAAUAUAGAGAUUAAUAAGGAAUCUGCUUCUGAAGGCUGUGAUAAUGCGAGCAAUGUCUGUGAAAAUAGCAAUCACACUGAGGACAGUAAUCACUUAGACAGUGAGAGCAGUCAAGGAGGUACAGCUAACAGUACUGAAGAAGAUAUAGAAAUUGACAAUAGUAAUUGCAGUGAAAGCCAAGAUGUUGAACUCGAAUUGGCAACAGAUGUACAUGAUCUGGCAGAUCCAGAUACUGAAAAUGAUAAUGAUAAUAUAAUAUUUAUGGACAGUAAUUGUGGCAAUAGUAAUGAAUCAUAUCCAGACUCAUUGACAGGCUGCCAUGUCAAGUCCGAUAUUAAUGAUGAUUUGCUGCGUAAAUUGAUGAUACAAAAAAAUAAAGAAGCCGAAGCAGCAAGAGCUCUAGGUAAAAACACCACUUCCAUCACACGCAUUACUGAAAUUACUCCAGAAGAGAAUUCUGAUACUAUGAAUGACUCAGAAGUUGACUCUUCAGAUGAUGAGAUAUUUGAAUGUGAAGCUAGGGCAGAAGAUACAGUAAGUAUUAAUUCUGACAGUGAACCAGAGAGAAUAGAUGAUUUCGCAGAAGGGGGUGUAAUAAAAAUAAAAAAUAAGAAUAAUGUUAUAGUAUUAGCAAAUGAAGAUUCUCCCAGUCAAAAUGGAAACUCUCAUGGUUCACCAAGUCCAGAAGUUCAAGAAAUUGAAAGUGAUAAUGAUGACUGUCUCGUGGAAGAAGAAAAACCUAAUAGUGAUAACAAAGUACAACUGCGCCGUAGUAGUAGAGCUAUAAAGCGUAAAAAAUAUAACGACGAAGUUGAAAAUGGUGGGCAUAUAUCUGACAUAGAAGAAGUUACAACAGAAACUGUACACCGCAAAAAUAAGCCGAUUGUUAUUAAUGAUACUAAGGCUUUAGUUGAAAUGGCAGCCAGGCAGAUGAAAUUAAAUCAAAAUAAUAACCAGAAGAAGGAACCAACUGUUGUUAUUAUCGAUACUAAUGCCUCACAUUCUGAAAAGGCUUCAGCACCUCCUAAACCUACUGGGUUGCCAAUAAGUUCUAGUUUAAGUGCACAAAGUUUAUAUCAAAGCAUUGUCGCCCGUGGGACAACAGUGACACCCGUUAGCAGCAAGUCUAAUGUGGCAGCACAGAGUUCUUCUCAACCUGCACAAUCUUCUAUAUUACCGUCUUUAACAGAUGAUAUGUUCGUAGUUGAAGCACCUUCAUUUAUUGUGCCCUAUGUUUAUGAAAAACCUUCAGUGAAGCCCUUCAGAGAAUUUGUAGACCUGUUAGGCAAAGAGCUGGAUGAACAGAAAGCCAAAGAAGAAAAAGAAAAACAAAGUAAAGAUACAAAACAGAAGCAUGAUAAAAAAGAAAAUGGUGAUGAGGAGGGAUCUGAUCCUAAAUAUUCAUCUGCACAAUCCGAACAAGGUAAAGAAGUCGAUGACAAGAAAAAGAGGAAAAAAGAGAAAAGGAAGAGAGGCGGCGAAGAAGACGAUGCUUCUUGGGAUGGUGACACAUCCACAGACUCGGAGGAUGAAAUCCUAAUGAGUGAUGAAGAAAAUAAGACUAUUAUUAUUAAAGAUAAAGUUGAUUCUAUUGAAGAGAUAAAAGAUGUUGCAGACUUAACUGCAGAUAAGGUGUGCUCAAACAAAACUGAUAAUUAUUUCGACUGUUCCCUUGGAAAGUUUUUUAUUAAUAUUGGCUUAGGUCUUGUUCAGGAAUAUGUACAAAGUGAUUUAUUAAAACAACAAACUCGAAAAUUAAAUCGUGAGAAGAAGACCGGACAUAGCACUAAAAACACAGAAGCGUCUAUUGCUUCUUUAAUAAAAAAUAUUGAAUUCAGCAAAGAAAAUAAUGCGCCUUAUUCGUUUACACAAAAUAAAUGCGAAUUUUGUAGUUUUAAGACAGAAUCUAAGUUGGCAAUGGCUCAUCACUUGGAGACUCCUCAUAUGAAGAAUAAUGUUUAUAAAUGUAACUUUUGCGCAUUCGAAAUACGAAGUCCUCAUGACAUUUUGUAUCAUAUGGAAGCUGAACACAAUGUUAGAGGAAAGUUAGAGAGAGCACCUGCGUACCAUCAGUGCGCCAACUGUCCUUUUGAGGACAAUGGUAAGGGAAAAUUGGCACGUCAUCUAAUACCGUGUGCCAAGAAAUUCAAACCUGAAACAAAUUUGGCUCCACCGCUUGAAUGGGAACCUCCUGCUAAGAUACCAAAGAUAACGAGAUCCCGCAAUAAUAUGAUGGGUUCUUAUCAAAACACAUUCAAUCGAAGUAAUGUUCAUAACAGUCAGGGACGGCAGUCUUCCAACAUGUCUAAUGCAAUGCCAGGUCUAAGUUCCUCAUACAGGCCUCGGGGCAGGACCCCCAUGACCGUGCCUCCACGUGGCAUGCCUGUUCAUGGCGUGCCGAUCUUGCGCGGUGGUGUGAUGGUCAGGCACAACGCCCCCGUUCUUAUGUCCUCGAACUAUCCAGCUGCAAAUAAUACUAAGCAGAAAUCUGUGCAUCAGCCAUCGAUUUCCAUUACACCCUUACCAAGACAACCACCACCUGUGCAGCUCCCGCCUCCUGCCAUCAACUCGAAGAGUACUUUCGUCAUUUGUGAGAUUUGUGAUGGUUAUAUAAAAGACCUUGAACAAUUACGGAAUCACAUGCAGUGGAUACACAAAGUCAAGAUACAUCCUAAGAUGAUCUACAACAGACCACCCCUUAAUUGCCAAAAAUGUCAAUUUAGGUUUUUCACGGAUCAAGGUCUCGAGCGACAUUUGUUGGGUUCCCACGGCCUCGUGACAAGUUCAAUGCAAGAGGCCGCCAACAAAGGAAAAGAUGCGGGCAGGUGUCCCGUAUGUGGCAGGGUGUAUCAGUGGAAGUUACUGAAUCACGUUGCGCGAGACCACAAUCUGACGUUGAAACCAGCUCAUCUUUCGUACAAAUGUACCGUAUGCACAGCUACAUUUGGAAUGUACAAACAGUUUGAGAAUCAUGUGUAUUCAGCCCAUAGUGUUGUGGCCAAACGAGUCAUGGACAAAAGCAAGAGUUCGGUGCCUGCAAAGACUAAUAAUAGUGAUACUCUUUUGAAGCCAUUAAAAAUUAAUGAUGAGAUUACUAUAAUACCACAGCCAGUGAAGGGAGCGGCUGAAGAUGAUGAUUAA